UUGUCCAUCUUCAGCCAGAUCCAAUUCACUACUUCACAUUUGAAGCAAUAAGACAUGAAAUUUUUGGUGGUUUUCCAAUUCAUUGCAAUAUUAGCUUCCAUUAUAGUAAUUUCAUCAAUAUCAGUAAAUGGGCAGAUAAAUACACCAUGCACAGCCUCAAUGAUCUCCAGCUUCACUCCAUGCAUAAAUUUCAUAACUGGAAGUACCAACAAUGGGUCAUCGCCAACCCAAAGUUGUUGCAGUUCAUUACUUUCGAUGACGAGCGGCAGUAUGGACUGUAUUUGCCUUGUGAUUACGGCCAAUGUACCUUUUCCACUCCCCGUUAACCGAACACUAGCAAUCUCCCUUCCACAAGCAUGUAACAUGAGCGGCGUCCCUCUACAAUGCAAAGCCACUGGUAGUCCACUUCCAGCUCCAGGUCCUGUUUUCCUGGGGCCAACUCUCCCACCUCCAGCUUUUUCUCCUUUUAGUCCACAAGCGUCUAAAGUAUCUGCAACAGCUGCAGCUGCUGCUCCAGAUAUAACUGAAACAGCUGCAGCUGCUGCUCCAGAUAAAACUGAAGCAAACACACGACUAUCACCAUCAUCUACACCAGUCGUAUCUCCACCUGCAGUUGAUCAGUCAGAACCGCCAACAAAAACUCCAGGGAUACGACCAGUGUUGACCCCAUCGGCAUCUACUUUGUCUUACAUUUCUCCAUCAUCUUUUGUACAAAUUAUUAUAGGAAUUCUGGUUUUCAAGUCCUAUUAAUUUGGGUCUCUAAAUAUACCUCUCUGUCAAUCUUUUUGCUGUGUGAUAUAUAUUUUCAUCCAUUAUAUGUAUUGUUAAC